CGUGCCGGCCACCGAGCAGCGCCGCCGAGCCCCGGGCAGAUCGAGCCGAGCACCGCGCGCAGUCCCGCGCCCACCCGACCCACAGCCCAUGGGGGCGCGGCCGAGGCCGCCCGGGCCCGCGGCCGCCCUGCUGUGGGGCUGCCUGCUCCGCCUGACAGCUGCCCAGGAAGCCAUCCUACAUGCGUCUGGAAGCUCCCCGUCCUCGCCGUCCAAGGACUACUGCAUGCUGUACAACCCACAUUGGAAGGAGCUUCCCAGCACCCUAGAAGAUGCAACUUCCUUGAGUUUGAUGAAUCUGACUGCCACACCACUAUGCAGCCUUUCUGAAAUUCCUCCUGAGGGCCUAAAGAACAAAGCAGUUGUUGUGCAGUGGGGACCCUGCCAUUUUCUGGAAAAAGCCAGAAUUGCCCAUGAGGGAGGUGCUGAAGCCUUGUUGGUGGCCAAUGACAGUGUUGUAUUUCCUCCCUCAGGGAACAUAUCUGAAUUUCCUGAUAUGAAAAUACUAAUUGCAUUUAUAAAUCACAAAGAUUUUAAAGAUAUGGAGCAGACUCUGGGAAGCAAUAUCAGCGUGAGAAUGUAUUCUCCAGCAUGGCCCAACUUUGACUAUACCAUGGUGGUUAUUUUUGUAAUUGCUGUAUUCACGGUGGCAUUAGGAGGCUAUUGGAGCGGGCACAUUGAAUUGGAAAACAUGCAGGAAGUGACAGACACCGAGGACACAGAAACGAAGAAAAAGAAGGAGGAGAAUUUAACCUUCAGCCCUCUCACAGUUGUGAUAUUUGUGGCCAUCUGCUGUGUUAUGAUGGUCCUGCUCUAUUUCUUCUACAAAUGGUUGGUUUAUGUUAUGAUAGCGAUUUUCUGCGUAGCAUCUGCCAUGAGCCUCUACAACUGCCUUGCUGCGCUGAUUCAGAAGAUACCGUGUGGACGAUGCGCGAUCGCAUGUCGUGGCAAAAGCAUUGAAGUGAGACUUAUUUUUCUCUCUGCACUGUGCAUAGCAGUAGCUAUUGUUUGGGCUGUUUUUCGAAAUGAGAAUAGGUGGGCUUGGAUUUUACAGGAUAUCUUGGGGAUUGCUUUCUGUCUGAAUUUAAUUAAAACACUGAAGUUACCCAACUUCAAGGCAUGUGUGGUACUUCUAGGCCUUCUCCUCCUCUAUGAUGUGUUUUUUGUUUUCAUAACACCAUUCAUCACAAAGAAUGGGGAGAGUAUCAUGGUUGAACUUGCAGCUGGGCCAUUCGGGAAUACUGAAAAGUUACCAGUAGUCAUCAGGGUGCCAAAGCAGAUCUAUUUCUCAGUAAUGAGUGUGUGCCUCCAGCCUGUCUCCAUAUUGGGCUUUGGAGACAUUAUCGUACCAGGCCUGUUAAUUGCAUACUGUAGAAGAUUUGAUGUUCAAACUGGUUCUUCUUCUAUAUACUAUAUUUCUUCCACAAUUGCCUACGCUGUUGGCAUGAUCCUUACCUUCAUUGUUCUGGUGCUGAUGAGGAAGGGCCAGCCUGCACUCCUCUACUUAGUACCUUGCACGCUCAUUACUGCCUCAAUUGUUGCCUGGAGACGGAAGGAAAUGAAAAAGUUCUGGAACGGCAGCAGCUAUCAGAUGAUGAACUAUUCAACAAAUGAAGAAAACUCAGUGACUGCUGACGAACAGAUUGCCCAGCCAUAGUACUGUGUAGACCUGCAGUAACAUGUUCUUGAUUUUUUACCGAUAGAGUCUGACUUUUUAAAUCUACUUUUGAAUUGACAUUCUGAAAGCAUUUUUGGUGACAUGUUUGCAAAUAUAUAUUUCUACGAGCUGGUAUCGACAAUCAUAUCAGAAAGAAUUAAAAUGCAUUUACUUUUAAUUAUAUUAAAGUUGUGCCUUCACAAUGAACAAAAGCAUAUGGUCUGUGUAAUUUCCAAGAUGCAUUAUAUACACUAUAUACUUUUUAAAUUCCUUGGCCCACCCCUGUGCUUGCCUUACUGAAAUAUUUCCUUCGGAGCUAAUAACAGGUCGAAGUAUUAACUGUCAAAGCAAGUCUCCGCACAGAGUUUUUUGCUAAAGAAUUAUGCAUGUUUUAUCCCCUCCCAGGGAAUAACUAAGAUCAUGCAAGAAGGCAGCUGUUCAACAGGGAAAGCCCUUACAUCAUGGUGAGGUUAUAAAUAUAUAAUUUGGGAAUAAAUAUAAACAUUUUUGUAAUAUAAGUUUGUAAAAAUUACAAACUAUUUUUUAAACUUGAGAAGCUGAAUUACUUCUGAUGUACUACAUUCGAAUAUUUUUCCAGGUAUAGAGAAGCAUAAUGUAUAGAACUAGUCAUUAGAGGACACGGGAACUGAAAUGUGGUUCAUAGUAAACCAUCAUUUUCUUGAA